AUGGUCGACACGGGAAGCUCGGCCGAUAUACUUUACUUUGACGCUUUCCAGAAGCUUGGCUUAGCCAAGGAAAGCUUACGCCCAAUCGGCUCAGCGCUCACCGGGUUCACGGGAGAUUCAAUAUCACCUUUGGGGGCCAUCACUUUGCCUUUAACCCUGGGCGUCCCGCCAAGGUCAAAAACGGUGAUAACCACCUUUUUGGUGGUCGACCUUCCUACGGCCUACAAUGCCAUACUGGGACGGCCGACCCUCAAUAAAAUCAGAGUCGUUGUCUCGACCUACUAUCAAAUCAUUAAGUUCCCGACUCACGCUGGGGUUGGAGAAGUCAGCGGAAGCCCCCGAGAGUCCAAGCGGUGCUACCUAACCGUCGUUUCACUACACAAGAGAGCCAGGGUCGAGCCACCGCUGGAGGACCCACGGGAGACAAAAAGACCGGCCCCUCAUCCCGAGCCGAAGGGGCCCACCAUUGAUGUACCAUUACAAGAAGCCCGACCCGACCAAACGGUCAAGGUGGGUUCGGAGCUACCCGAACAGGAACAAGAACGGCUCGUCGGACUCCUAUGGGAAAACGCUGACAUCUUCGCCUGGUCCCCGUCUGAUAUGACGGGCGUCGACCCAGGGGUGGCACAGCACCACCUUAACAUCCCACCUGACGCUCGCCCGGUGAAGCAAAGACCCAAACGGCAGGCCCCUGAUCGGCAGCAGGCUAUACGAGAAGAGGUGACCCGUCUCUUAGCAGCAGGCUUCAUAGAGGAAGCCAAUCUCAACAAUGCGUGCCCGAAAGAUUGCUACCCCCUCCCGAGAAUUGACCAAUUGGUCGAUGCAACGGCUGGACACGCGCGCCUCUCUUUCAUGGACGCCUAUUCAGGGUACAACCAGAUCAGGAUGGCACCCGAGGACAGCGAACACACGGCCUUCCUAACCGACCAGGGGGUGUACUUCUAUAAGGUCAUGCCGUUCGGGUUGAAAAACGCCGGGGCCACGUACCAAAGGAUGGUGAACAAAAUGUUCGCCCAUCAGAUCGGAAGGAACAUGGAAGUAUACGUAGAUGACAUGAUCGUGAAAAGCCAAAAGACCGAAGCACAUAUUGCCGACCUGACCGAGGCGUUCAGCACGCUACGCAAGUUCGGCAUGCGGCUCAACCCCACAAAAUGCGCCUUCGGUGUCACCUCUGGGAAAUUCCUCGGGUUCAUUAUACAUGAAAGGGGAAUUGACGCCAACCCAGAGAAAGUCCAAGCGAUCAUUAACAUGCAGUCACCCCGGACGAUCAAAGACCUGCAGCGACUGAACGGAAGGAUUGUCGCCAUAUCCCGUUUCCUUGCCCGGUUGGGGGAUCACUGCCUCCCCUUCUUCAGGGCGCUCAAGGACCCAAAAAAAUUCCGGUGGACAACGGAGUGCGAAGAAGCCUUCAAGCAAGUAAAGCAGCGCCUGGCGAACCUCCCCCGGCUCGCCUCUGUUUCUCCUGGAGAGAAGCUGGGUCUCUACUUGGCGGCCUCCCCACACGCGGUCAGCUCUGUCCUGAUCAAGGAAAGCUCUGACCAACAACUCCCGAUCUACUACGUUAGCCAUGUCCUGGGUGGACCCGAGGAGCGUUACCCGCCGAUCGAAAAACUCGCGCUCGCUUUGGUGCUCUCGGCUCGAAAGUUGCACCCCUACUUCCAGGCGCACACGGUGGAGGUCAUCACCGACCAACCCCUUCGGCAGGUCUUAACAAAAUUUGAUGUUUCAGGACGGCUCCUCAAAUGGGCGGUGGAGCUGGGCGAACAUGACAUAAGAUACGUGCCCAGGACCGCCAUCAAGGCUCAGGCGGUGGCCGACUUCAUCGCGGAGUUAACCCAGAUGGAGGACAGGGACCUCGAGCAAACCCCCGAAGCUUGGACCCUGCAUGUGGACGGCUCGGCCAAUUCAAGGGGUGCCGGCGCGGGACUGGUUCUCCUCGCCCCCGACGGACGCUCGUUUGAACGUUCCCUCCACUUCGGGUUUAAGGCCACCAACAACGAGGCAGAGUACGAGGUGGCCGCAAUACACGUCCUCACCGACUCGCAGCUCGUGGCCGAACAGCUCAGCGGAGGAUACGAAGCUCGGGACGCAACCAUGGCAAAAUACCUGGCGCGAGUAAAGGACCUAACCGCCAAGUUCCCUUACUUUACGUUAUCUAACAUUCCGAGGGAGGAGAACGCGCGAGCCAACGCGCUAGCUAAGCUCGCGUCAAAGCCGACCUCCGAAGCGUGGCCAGAAGUUGAGGAGCUCCCUGCUCGCGCCAUUGAAGUGGCGGUCGCCGCCCCAGGCAGUGCGCCGAUCACAUGGGUACAGGAGCUGCUACGCUUCAAGAAGGAUGGCACCCUUCCCCUCGACGAGGUAGCGGCUCAGCGCCUGCGCCGUACACAUGCGUGGUACACCGAGGAGAGCGGGCGGCUUUACAGACGGCCCUUCGCCUACCCCCUCCUGCGGUGCUUGGAGCCUGACGAAGCACAGACGGUCCUGGCCGAAACCCACGAAGGGGUUUGCGGCGAACACAUUGGCGGACGGACCUUGGCACACAAAAUACUCCGCCAAGGCUACUACUGGCCAACCAUGUGCCGGGACGAGAAGGUUUACGUACAGCGGUGCGAUUCAUGCCAACGACACGCCCGUGCACCCCGGCAGCCUGCGGUCCCGCUCAGCCCCAUCGAUUGUGCGUGGCCAUUCGCGCAGUGGGGCAUGGACCUACUCGGACCCUUCCCGCCGGCUUCAGGACAGCGGAAGUACAUAAUCGUAGGAGUGGACUACUUCACAAAGUGGGUCGAGGCCGAGCCACUAGCGACAAUCACGGAACAUCAGGUGGAGAAGUUCGUGUGGAAAAACCUCGUGACUCGGUUCGGGUUACCCAAAGCCAUUAUCACGGACGACGGACCCCAAUUCGCCAGCCGAAGAUUCCGGGAGUUCUGUGUAGGUCAUGGCAUCCAACUAAGGUUCAGCUCGGUGGCCCACCCUCAGACGAACGGGCUCGCGGAGGUAACCAACCGAUCCAUCUUGGACGGACUCAAAAGAAGGGUGUCCGCAGCCCGAUCGGUCUGGGCGGACGAGCUCCCCAGCGUACUCUGGUCGCUGCGCACCACUCCCAAGGCCGCGACCGGAGAGUCCCCGUACAGUCUGACGUUCGGGACCGAGGCUGUCUUACCACCCGAAAUGGCUGUCGCCACCCUUCGGACAAGGAGCUACGACGAGGAAGUCUCGAACGAGGGACUCCGUGCCAGCCUCGACGUGCUAGAAGAGCGACGCGCCGAUGCGCACCUAAAAGCCCUCUCUUACCAGAGAGCCGUCGCGAGGGUCUACAACAAGAAGGUACGCCCCCGACCGAUCAAGCUAGGCGACCUGGUCCUGCGAAAAGCCGAGGUCAGUGACCCGGCCCGAGUGAGGGGGAAGCUAGCCCCCAAAUGGGAAGGACCUUAUCGGACGGCUCUCCCUUGCCGAGAACCUGGAACAUCUGGAACCUCAAGAAGUUCUUCGUCUGAAGUAAAGAAACCUUUCUCGAAGGAAGCGUUUCGCCCGAAAGGGAAGAAGGCAGUGGUCGGGAAAAGCAAAAAGCUUCCUGUAGUACAGAAAGCAGGCCCACUUACAAGGCUCGUCUUGCAAAUAAUCAAGAAGCUUUUUUCGCAAACGAAGGAACCUUUUUAG